AUGAUUGACGACGAUUCCAAGUACUUUUCUCUGAGCGGCAGUAUCCCUGUUGGUGGUCCCAGCACUUGGCACAUUACUGAUUGGGAUCAGAGACGCGUCGUUUCCGUAACCAUGGACGGAGAGCAGGACGACGAAAGCCUCGCUAUUGAACAUUUCAGCCGCUAUAGUGAUCAACUACCUCCCGAUAUUUAUAGAAUUUAUGUAUCGCAUACCGGUGAGAUCAUCUCGACAUAUAACGAUCUAAAAGAUGAUGAGACCUGUUGUAUACACUAUCCAACCCUUCAAGACAUUUGUCUCCCGGAAGGAGUUCAGACAGUGCGGCGAGAUCAACUCGAGGAACUCGAGAGGCUUGGUCCCGAUGUGGACCUUGUUGCAUACCCUCCAUGCCUAGACGGAUCUGCUAAGAAGGGUCGAGUAGUCGGAUUUACCAAUGUCUAUAUGCCUGGCGGUAAUCUAGAGGAGAACAGGUCGCGCGUUUUUAAGCUGGAGUGGCUCCGGCAGCUUAUAAAGGUCGUGGAUGACUUGAACCUCGAAUAUGGCAUCAUGCACCAAGACAUUGCCCCACGAAACCUGCUGAUUGAUGAGUCGACAGACUCUAUCAUGCUCUUUGACUUUAACUUUGCGGCUCGUAGGGAUUGCCCUUCACCUGGAGAGGGUGAAGAGUACGUCGAGGACCGGAACGAUAUUAAAGGCGUUAUAUUCACCACCUACGAGAUUAUUACCCAAGACAAUAGUCUUAGGAAUAUACCGCACGAAGAUCAGAACGUUAAUAACCUUGUAUCAAAGUGGGUGAAGCAUCCAGAGAGUGGCAAGAUCGAAGGGCAGGAGUCUGUUUAG